AUGUACAACAGAUUGCUUGUUCGAAGUUUGGCGUCCGUGCAGUUUGAUUUUGAACAGUCCAUCAUGGUACAGUUAGCUGUAACCGUUCAGUGCGUUUCGGUGCCUAAGCGACAUGCCGCCAGAGGGAAGCAAGAGGGCUCAGAUAGUGCCAGAUUGCCUAUGCCUAGAGAGUGGAAUUCAAGAUGCACAGGUCGGUUUCAAACCACGGACCUUCCGGGCACGCCCUUUCGGUGCCCAGGUACCAUGCCACGCGAUGGAAGCGCGAGAGCUGGGAUACUGUCAGGUUGCCCAAGCCUAGACAGGGGAAGUCGAGAGGCAAAGGUCGGGUUCGAAUCACAGACCUUCCGGUCAAUAAAUUUGCCCUCUAACCACUUGGUCCAUCUCGCUCCAUUUAUUUCUUGUUGCUGGUUAGAGCGCGAAUUUACUGACCGAAAGGUGCGUGAUUCGAAUCCGACCUCUGCCUCUCGAAUUCCCCUGUCUACGUUUGGGCAACCUGACAGUAUCCCAGACCCCGUGCUUCCUUCGGGUGGCAUGGCAGCUAGGCACCGAAAGAGCGCUAUGGCUUAA